CUGUAAAGCAAUGACGGCUUAUGUCACUCUAGGUUUGCUCAGUUUCCUGCACAUGACAUUAAGCAAGGAGCUCUUUGUCCUCUCACGUGACUACAACAGGAAUCUACCACCGGUGAAAAAUAUGGAGGUUUCAAUAUCACUCUUCAUCAAUAGAGUGUCAGCUGUCGACGAGAGCAAAGAGGAAAUCUCCCUAGACGUGUUUCUACAAGUGUACUGGGUGGACCACAGAGUUAAUUUGACGUCAGAGGUGGAGACUGACCACAUAGAGCUGACCUGGAAGAAGGACCAGAGCUUCUGGGUGCCCGACCUCUACAUCAGGCAGCUGAGGGAGAUGAGGGUGCUCUCUCUAUUCCAGGAUAUGGCCUCUAUUAGGCUCUAUCGUAAUCAUACGAUGCGUGUUAGUAUAGGCCAGGGGCGCGACAUGUACAAGUAUCUGAAUGGGUUGUAUGAUUGUGAUGUAUUUGUUCAUUGUCAACCAGGUGCGAAGAUGAAGCACGUCAUUGAAAGAGGUCUGUGUUUCACUAAGGACUUAACCCGGUCUGACUGCGUCAUUGUUAUGGCGGGAACGAAUGAUUUCGGUAGACUUGAGCCGGGUCAUCUCACCGUAAUGCAGGGACUUGAUGUGAUUGAGGCUGCUGAUUUAAACACUAACAUACUGUUGUGUGCCAUUCCUUACCGCUACGAUUUGCCGUCCGUGAAUGACGACAUUUGCUUCGCCAACUCAGCUAUUCAAAAUCGACUUGUCAACUUUGAGGGAAGAUCGACAAUGAAAUUCUGUGGUGUUAGCAGUACGCUGACGCGUAAUUACUUCACGAAACAUGGACUGCACUACAGGAUCUCAGCUAAGAGACUGCUGGGAAGGUCGAUAAGCGAAUAUGUGAAAAAUACUCACAAUCAGAUUGUGAGUGAUCGUUCUGUGACUGUAGUAAAUGAAAUGCAGUUAAUACAGUCGGGCAUCCCGAGAGCGCCGGAUUCUCCUAUCUUUCGUCACAUGGAGUCCUGUCCUGUUACGCCAAACCCAAGCUGCUCUGAUGCUCCCCACACAUGUGUUGAUGUCAAUGUGAAUCCAAAUAAAUACACAGUGAACGACAUGAAAUUCAGAUGGCAAAACGACCCUCCGUUAAGUUUUCCUAGUGAUUUCAGCGCAGAAGGCUACAGACUGCCUAGAUAUGUCGUUUCCUUCGAAUCUCAAGAGGAUAUGCAUAUCAUCUAUUAUGGAGAAGGCAAUCACUCAACAGCCCGUAUGCUGAUUACAAUGAGCCGUGAGAUCAGAAGUCACCUGCUGGAGAGCUAUCUACCCAGUUCGCUGUUUGUUAUCAUAUCAUGGGGUAGUUUCGUGGUUAUGCCUGAGGUGGUACCGGGUCGUAUGGUGCUGUUAGUUACAACCCUUCUGUCACUUGUCACCAUGUUCGAUACUGUCAGAAACAACUCGCCAAGCGCCCUCGAGCUGAAAUGCAUCGAAGUGUGGCUAAUCUCUUGCACUCUUUUCGUCUUCCUUGCACUCAUGGAGUACUUCAUCGUCCUCUUCGGCAUCCGCUACGACAAGCACUGGCGACAGAAGAAACGCGACGACCUGGAGCGACGCACCGCCAACUUAACGGCGGUUAACGCCAGUGUAACGGCCGUUAACGCUAACAACAACAGCCAUCAUCACAAGGAAGCCGCGUCGCCAAACAGUCACGUGGUUAUUGCUGAGAGGGCCAAAUUGUUUCUGAACAGUCGGAUACAACCGCAUCAGUCAGGAGGAGGAGGAGGAGGAGGAGGAGGAGGAGGAGGAGGAGGUGGUGGAGGGGAGAACGCGGUAGGGGAACAUAAAACUGAUAUACCGCCCGAGUUACAACAGGACACCAGCCCAGAAACAGGAGACAAGAAAGGACCAGGAGAAAAUCUAGCUGCAAGAAGACGAUUUAAACUGGUCACAGAGCAUGUUCUGCUGUAUGCGGGAUCCCAGCGUGGCAUGAUGGACCAAGUAUCAUUGGGAUUGUUUCCGCUCUGCUUUGUCAUAUUCACUAUCAUCUACUGGGUCUCCUAUAUGACUGAGGCCAAACGUAGGGCUGAAGCCAGUCUGAUAGGACUGACCCAAAGAACGUUCACCGAGCCGACAAUGGAGCACCGUCGUAUGUGCAUCAUUUGAUCCACUGAUUUCGACUACAACCAAGAGCUACCCAUCGUUUUGUUUCUCUAGAACGAAGGAAAAGGGGAAAGUAAGUAAUUAAUGUUGUUAAAGAAAGAAGGAUAUUAAGUGAGAAAGUGCAAAGGAGAAAUGAAAUUGCGUGGUGGAGUAAGUAAGAAAAGUUAAAUGUUGUCGAAAAGAGAAAAAUAUAGUCUAGAGAGAGGAAGUGUAAAGGAAAGAGGAAAUGUUCAAAAAAAAGUUUUUUUGAGCUGAAUCCAAUGUGGAAUCAU